GCUUCUCUCCUGCCGUUGGCUGAAAGUGCCUUCGCCCCCUUCACGUGACGGGGGGGGCGUGUUCUGGGAGGGAGGUGGUGUGUUGGUUAUGUCCCGCUAGGGCCACCGUCCUCUGGCGUCCGCUCGGCCCGGAAGUGCGCGGGGGCAGGCGGCGGGGCGGCUUGGGCGGCGAGCAGCGGCCAUGAGCAAAAGGAACCAGGUCUCCUACGUGCGGCCGGCCGAGCCCGCCUUUCUCAGCCGCUUCAAGCGGCAGGUCGGGUAUCGGGAGGGGCCCACGGUGGAAACCAAGAGAGAGCAGCUUCCACUUGCGGAUGGUGAUAGUGACAACGGCAGUGACAAUGAAGAUGAGCAGCCUCAAGUGGUAACGCUGAAAAAAGGGGACUUGACAGCAGAAGAAGCAAUGAAAAUUAAACAGCAAAUCAAAGAGGCCUUAAAGUCAAAUGAAUCAGAUGGUGAACCAGAACCUGCUGAUGGAAAAAUUAUGUUCAGGAAACCAGCCAAGCGUUCAUCAGAGAACUUUUUGGACUUCAAUGUAAGUUCAAGUAAGAAGAUGAAAGAGGCAAAGAAAACUAAGAGAGAAGCAACUACUCCUCAAAGUACAGCUAAACAAAUAAAAAACAGCAGUCUUCUCUCAUUUGAUGAUGAGGAAAAUGAUGAUUAGGAGUUGUACUUUUUUAUAUUUUACUUACUUUACUUCUAGGGAUUUGAGUACUAUUGAGUGUUUUUGUAGAAACUGAAGCAUGGUAUCUGAGUCUUCUUUUAUUUUGUUACAGUCCAGCUAGAGAGACAUAACAUAAAACUAGCCAGAGCUGAGUCUUGGCUGUUCAGAUGGAACUGUAUGAACAGUAUGUCAUGUCUUUAUUUUAAAAGAGAAUUUAACCCUGUAUGUAAAAGCUAUUUGAGGUCACAAAUGAGCAGCAAAAUAUACCUGUACAUAUCCAGCUGAUAUAAAUUUCCAGUCAAUAAAUUUUAAAAUGUCCUCCAUUACUAAAAAUGUAUUUCCUCUCUAUUUAAUGGCCUUAGUUGACAGUUGUGUCGUUUUUAUCUGUUAUUGUUGACUUGAGAUUCAAAAGAGAGAGACUUCAUUGCUGUGGAACAGAGACUGAAGUUUUCUCUCUCAUAGCUUAACAAAAGUUUGCACUAACUUUUGCAUGUGUGGUUUGGCAGAUUAGCUCUUUGCAGAGUCCUUGCAGUAAGUGAGCCUGCAGUUGCUAAAAUCAUGUAGUCUUAGUCCUGUCUUUGGUGAAUGCAGUCUAAGAAGCAUCAAAUUCAUUUGAAUUGAUGGUGCUAGCAAGGUAUGAAAAAAGUGACUGUAGUUGAUGGUAUCAACUAAUGCAAAAGAAAGAUGCUGAAACCCUUGGAGGUUGUGCACUUUGGUUUUCACACUGAUGGACUCAGUGGUUUAGUGGUGGGUGUUUUUUGAAGUAUAUUUGUUUCAGUUGGCUACAUAUGUGUUCAUAACUAUUUGGGAUCUCAAACAGCUUAUUUAAAAAAUUCGUUUAAUCUUUAAGCCGUGGAAAAGCAUAUUUUGGUUUUCUUCAAGUAGGAAAUGGUAAACAGGAAAUUUAAGUCAAGAAAUGUUAUAGCCGUGAUACGAAGUUUUAAAAUUUUUCAGCUGUCCAUGUACAGUACACUGAAAGUGACCAUUUCUGUACCAUUUAUGUAACAGGAUGUGCUGAAAUUCAAAAUAACAAUGUGAGAGCUGAUGGAAUUGGGGAGAACAAGGUGGUGGAAAUGGGACUAAUGACUGAAAUUAUUUGGAAGUAUGGUGUGUUCUGUAACCAUAUUUAAGUAAGACCUGAGACUGCUGCAGAAUUAGAGGGUGUAAGGCAAUGCAACCAGUUCUGCUGCUGCAUGACAGGACAUUCAAAAUUAUUUGGGCUGUAAAGCUUCAUUGAGGAGCAAAUUUGAAGUUGCUGUGUGAAACAGCUGGUUUAAUUUGUUAAUCUGGUAUUAAACAAUAAAUUAUGUUUUCUGUAAGUGGUCUAAAGAUAUUUUAAUGAAUAUUUCAGUGCAUAAAAGGGGGGGGGGGGGGGUGUCACUUGAUAAUGAAGCCUCUUAUGACUGCUACCUGUCUCUGUACAUACCAGCUUCCUGCAGCAUGAGAUCAGAUGCAAGUUUGCAUACUACUUCACACUAAUUGUGUGAGUGCAUGUUACCCUGAUUUUGAAAACAAAUAGAUCUGUUGCCCUCUCAGAAAAUUAAAACCAGACCUAUAAAUGGAUAUUGAAGUCAUGUUCUAGCACUGGUCUGAUGUUAGAGGUGCAGUGUGACAACCUGAUUAUUCCCAUGAGGACAUGUUACAUUUGUAAAUACAUAAUUUGUCUGUAUUCUGCAUAUAUAAAAAAGAAAAUAAAAC